UGCGCCGAAGGCUGGUCGACCCCGGGGGAGCUGGUGAUUCCCCGCAGCUGCCAUGAGCAAGCGGAACCAGGUGUCCUACGUGAGGCCGGCGGAGCCGGCGUUCCUGGCCCGCUUCAAGGAGCGGGUCGGCUACAGGGAAGGGCCCACCGUGGAGACCAAGAGAAUCCAGCCUCAGCUCCCUGAUGAGGAUGGUGAGCACAGUGACAAGGAAGACGAACAGCCCCAGGUGGUGGUUUUAAAAAAGGGGGACCUGUCCGUGGAAGAGGUCAUGAAAAUCAAGGCAGAAAUCAAGGCUGCCAAAGCAGAUGAAGAGCCCCCUCCUGCUGACGGGAGAAUCAUGUACCGAAAGCCUGUCAAGCGUCCCUCGGAUGAAAAGUACUCCGGUUUAACAGCCAGUUCCAAGAAGGCGGCACCGGAAGACAGAAUCAGCAAACAGGACUCGGUCAAAAAGAACUCACAAAAGCAAAUCAAAAACAGUAGCCUCCUCUCUUUCGGCAAUGAAGAGGAAAACGAGUAAGCAUUUGGGCCAGACUCCCUUGAGGUGCUAUUAAAAUAACUUUUUUCCCCCAUCACAAAGUUCAUACUAAAAAAACAUGGGAAAAAUUAACAAAAGCUAUAUCCAUUAAUAUACUUCUGCCUGAAAUGCCAGCUCUGUGGACGUUAACUCCUACCAAUGUUUUGUUAUUUUCUGCUUCCUUAUGUGUGUAUAUGUUGAUAUGUGAAUUCUGGUUUUUAAACAAAAUCGAGGAGGUAUUAUAUAUGUUCUCUCUCCGGCUUCUCAUUUAACGUUACAUUGUGAGCCUUUCCAAAAUCUAAACUGGGGGCCAGGACUGUGGCAUAGAGGGUAAAGCUGUCACCUUGGAUGCCAGCGUCCCAUGUGGGCACCAGUUCAAGUCCCAGCUGCUCCACUUCUGAUCCAGCUCCAGCUAAUGGCCUGGGAAAGCCGCGGAGGAUGGUCCACGUGUUAAGCUUCCUACAACACUGUGGGAAAGGCGGAUGAAACUCCUUGCUCCUGCCUUUGGCCUGGUCCAGGCCUGGCUGCUGCAGGCUUCUGGGGGAAGUGAAGCAGCAAAGAGAUCUUCAUUUCUCCCUCUUUGAAACUCUUUCAAAUAAAUCAAUCA